AUGCAUCUCCAUUCCGACUUUGAUUCCCGCUUGGAGUAGAUGUAGAGUAGCCCUCUUCCCGCCUGAAUGAAGCUGCCCCCGAUGGUGGCUGACGUGUGGAAGCGUUUUGUGGUCAUGUUGUCGCUCCCGGAUCUGCUAGUUCUAGGCUGCCUGUGGGCCAGUGGCUUCUCGUUCGGCUACUACAUCAAAUCCGCCUAUGUGUACGACAAUCUGUGGCCCCACUGGUACGCCUUGGUCGGGGGGAUAGGAAUUUCGGCCUUGGCAGUGGGCUGGACCCUCAGAAAAAAGAGGAGGCAGCAGUGCAGCUACGAUCACUUCUACAUCAUCUUCUACGGGCUGUUGUGCUCGCUGAUGGGCAGUUGCUUCAUGCUUACCAGGCAGCUGGCUGUUAGCUACUACUUCAGUUUCGUGGGACUAAGUGUCCAGUACUUGGCGGGAUUCAGCUACGUGAGUCUGCGGUGCGAUGCCUCUGGAUCCAGGCCCUCCAGAAUAGCCUUUGCCAACUCCCUUUAUGCCGGUGGAAUGAGCACAGGCUUUGUGAUCUUCAACGAGAUGGAACCCCAAAGAAGUGGCCUUAUUUCUUUGGGGAUCAAUCUGCUUCUGCUUUGUUUGGUUUGCCUGAACGAGCUGCUGCAGCACGUGGGGUGCAUUAACUACAAGGAGUCUCGGGAUCUGGUGUUUAACCUUCUCAACGAGGAGCGAAUGGUCUUCUUGCCGCGCCAGGCGGUCCUGGCCCAGUUCGUGGGUCGCACCGACUACAAGUUGAAGGACAGUCGCCAGUGGCUAGUGCUGCUCCUGGGAGGAUCCUUGGUGUGCCUGCAGAAGAGCUGCCUGCUGUUCUCGCCCACCUCUAUGCAGUUGAUGUGGGGCGCCACUGUUGGGUACCUCCAGCGGACCCAGCUGUUCAUCCCCUUCGUGCUCUACGCCGGAGGCUGCAGCUUCGGCGCUCUGCUGCUGAUGCGAUACACUCCCAAGCUGGUCUACCUCCUCUCCGGCAUCAUCCAGGUAACCCUGAUAGUGGCCCUCCUCUGUAUCUUCGAUGAGGACCGAACGGAGCACUGCUUUCCGUUCCUCUGUCUCAUAUACGUGACCAUGGGGGUGCUGUCGAGCCAGGCUAUUCAAUGGCUGCUGGAGUACUCCCCUUUCCUCUACACUGAGCUGGCCCUGGCCUCGGGCUUCAUCCUGCACCUAGUUGUCCAGGAGGGCUGCAAGUACGAGGCCUACGCCACUGACACUUGGAUAGCUCUGCUCAGCGGGAGCGCAGUCACACUGGGGCUGACAGUGUUGGCCAUUUCGGCUGUGCAGUGGCUGCAGCCGCACUCCGCCAGUCUCGUGGACGUCCGCAACCGCCUGUUGGGCAUCCGGCGACUGGAGCCGCCCCCCGAGCAGACCCAGUUCUGGCACACCAACCAGUUCUUGGCCCACAACAAGCCCGCCAAUCAGCUGGAGCCCGUGCAGGUGGGUCGCAAGCGUGUAUUUCAGCAGUAUCCAAUCAGUGGAAGCGACAUCACGGACAAUCCCAAAGCAGACAGGUUCUAACCCAUUACUGUCCAGUUAAUGAUUAAUAUUCUGUAAGCUAAUAACAUUUUUCUUGUUUUAAAAGUUAGAAAAUAAAAGGUUUUCCAUCGUGAA